CUCUUGUUUUUCCCAAGUUCGGGUCCUGAUAAGGCCAUAAGGCAAUAUUAUUCUGUCACGUUUGUCUCCUGUUGUAAUGUUAACAAGCAUCCACCCUGCAACAACAUCUGGUGACUCCGUUAAGAUCAAACUCGCACCUGAACUAAAGUGGACUGUGGACUGCCGUGCGCUAGAGGCCUUGGCACGUGGCGCCUUUCAGCGUAGACUGACAACUAUGGCGAGACUGAAAAAAAAAGAAAUCAGCGGAGCUCAGACGAUGGUUUUGUUUUCCCGUAAUGAUAACUACAACGGUAAGGCACUAACCGUCUGUCUGUAUGUGGACUGUCUUCGAGCUGCUCGGAGACACAGACACACUGACUACCACUCGCCGGUUACACCAGGGCACGCGGAACAGGAAAUAUUAAACGACCUCGAAAAGAACUAAAACGCAGAUUUUUUUCGACCCCCUAUCAUCUUGGUAUGACGGAUCUCCGGCGUGAAAAUACCAUUGAUUUACUCUCUUGCGAUGGGGAGUUUGAUUUGCAAGACAUGUCGGCUGCGUGCGACGCGCAUCAAAGUCCAAAACGAAAAAGAAGCCAAGCCACAUGCAGACGUCCACGUUUGUUCGUCAACAUCGAAUGAUAUGGAAUUCACAGGAGAAGCUAAUAAGCAAGUGUUCUAACAAGCGAAAAGAAAAUCAUUCUGGCGGGUGCCAUGCAUGCUGGAGGCAAGCUAGCCAGUCAGCUGGUGUUGCGUGGCUUCGAGAGCAAUUCAACGAGACAGAUUCAUGGUUAACCAUGACAUCGUGUGGCGAUUUAAUUCUCCACUGCUCUCCGUCGGUCACUGAACAGCUCGGUACGUUUAUAUAUAUAUAUAUAUAUAUAUAUGGUGAUGGAUGCCUCCAAUGUAUUUUCUCUCGCUACUGGAGCGGCAGGCCUCCCUGCUCAGCAAGGCAGCAGGUGAUCGAAGUCGUGGCCGCCCAAGUUGCGUUACCAGGCCUACAUGAUUUUACGGCACAGCGGCCUGUCUAUAUAAAUUGGAGGACGCGCGUGUUCGUUGAACAUCCAGUUUUGUUCGUUGGUGCUAUGUGAGCCUGUCAGCGAAACUUUGUAAAAAGUCUUCAUCGAUGCAUCCCCGCGGGUGCCUGAAAAUUUCGCCGUCAGUGGCAGUAUUGAAAAAAACUCAGGAGACAUGGUUCCCCUUUACAGUUUGAGGGCGUGUUUCGUCCAGUGUGCUGUUGAUGUCUGAGACUCAACUUACAUCAGUACAGCGACGCUUGUUAGUUGUCACUGCACCGGUCCUUGCAAGAGCGGAGCAUUUCCAACUUCACUCCAUCAAGAGGGUCCAUGUGUGUUCCCAGCCGAAACAACACCAGCACAGCUUUUGAGGGGGUUAGGAUCCGUAGUAGCCACUGCGCAGGUGGAGGGUCGUCCGUUUUUCCGUACAUCUGCGAAGCCGCUCUGAAGCAGAGCUCUAUAUCGAACGGCACACGAAAGAAACAACAGCUUCACUCAACCAGCUCUCUGGCGACAUCUCCCAACACUAUGCUUCUCUUCUUGGCUAUACUAGCCGUCUCCUGUGCGUACACGCACGAGACCGAGGCCAGCCUGCAGUUUGCUCCCGGUCGACAUCCAUCUAGGAGGUCUGGCCUGCUCCGCACGUUGGCUGCUGAUAGGGAUGUGGUAGAUCUGAAUGAAUACCAGAAGAAUGCGCCGUUUUCAGUGGUCGACGCUGCGCCGCAAGGUGUUUCUCCGCCGGCGGCAUUCAGUGUGGGGGGUGUCUCUGCGGCUGGAAGUGAGACCCAGCGGGAGUCACGUCCGCCUUCAUCGCUCGUUUCAAUUGGGAACCACUCCGAAUCCUUAUCAAGGUUUGCAAUCGACGAGUUGUCAUCUUUAACCCAUGCAUUUCCACCAGAAGCAACGAGAUCGUCAGCGUUGGAGACAGCCGCGUUCGUCCCUCGGCGGAGGAAUCGCUCCGGGAGGUACGGGUUGGGACCACGCUUGCGAAGGAUUGGCUCCCGAAUUAGUCAGUUUUUCUACAGCAGGGCGCGUCAAGCGAAGAGGAUGUUCAAUCUCCUUCGUCUUCAAUUCCGUGAUCGUCACGGACUCUCUCGCAUACCCAGUGACAUCACUAAGGAGGAGCUAUGGCUCGUCGCAAAUGGGCUGACUCCCACGUCCGAGCGUGAGGAAACCCUGGUAAAAACGUUUGGCUCAAAACCUGGGUAUCCGGUUCCAGUCACGGCCUGUGAGGCGCAUAGGGAGGCAUCUCUUUCAUUCGUACCCCUUAGCCGCCAGCCGUCGGUCGCUUCGACAACAGCAUCCGAAGCUGGCCUUGAGGACGUCGACGCCAUACGAGUUCCAGAUGAAACGCCAACCGCUUCCGGAGGGCUGAUGGAAAGCGAUGAAACUCCGUUGUUACAAACGAGCCAAGACACAGCAGAGUCGCUUUUGGCGGCAGUGCAUGCAGAGUACCAUAGCAGGGUCGUCCAAUUCAGUCAAAAGAAAUCUGCGGAGAGGGAGCAACGGUCGCGUGAUCUUCCUUCUGGCACAGGUCCUUUGAGAGUAGCUAUAUUUCAAUGGAACACUGAACUGUUCAAACCUACCCCCUUUGAGUUCCUGCUGCCUUUCUGUCGCGAACAUCCUUUUGAAAAGGGCAAGCCUGUCAUCGACCUGGACAACAUUGAUAUGUUCUUUGUCACUGUUCAAGAGAACAAUCGAUAUUCACCUCCAGAGGAGGCGAUACUCCGUGAUUCCGUCCUAGAUGGUCUGAACGCAAUCAGUAUAACCCCAACUUGGACCCUGUCAGGAGUCCGUCAAUUGAACAACACCAGGGGCACUAUGCUUAGGAGCUUGCGCUUCUUCACGCCAAAUACACAAGCGAUCAUGUGGUUUGCGAGAGACACCGUGGAAAUGACCGGAGCCCCCGAGUUUUGCAUGGGCAGCAUUGAGUCAUCGGAGAAAGGCUUCGUCGGAGUGAAGAUGACUGUUGCAGGCGUAGGGAAGGUGUUGAUCGCCGGGAUUCAUGUCACCCACAAAAGAAGCAACACCCCUCCAGUGUCGCAAGUUCUUUCGAUGAUGGCAGAGAACUGUGGAGGUGAAGGAACUGGUAGUUUGGACGAUUUCGAUAUCGUCCUUGUUGCCGGCGACUUCAAUGCUCGGUUGAACAUGAAGACAUCCGAGGAGGUUCUGACUGGCGUAUCAGGACUUUCCCCGUUCACAAACUAUCUCGACAGUGAAGGCGGUUCCAUAAGCGGCAAGAACUUCAUGCGGAGCCUUCAAGAAAGCUACGAAACAAAAGAAUCACUUUUUCAACGGCGCGUUGUUCCUGUUUUAUUUAUGAUGGAUUCGAUGAUACCGAAUCCCGGCAGAGAGGAGCUGGGUCAGGACUUUACCGUGGCUCUACGUGAAGCGGGGUUUUCAUCAGUAAACGUGUGCUAUCGAGGUGGCUUCAGUUACCCAUGGUCGAAGGAUUGCCGCCCCUAUCGCGAUGGAGAAGUCAUCACGGCGACAAUCACAUCGAUGAUGAAAAGAUGCUUCAGUCCGUCGGGCCUCGAAAGACCACAGGGCACAGGGUUUUUGGAUCGCGUCAUAAUUCGAGCAAAGGGAGAUGCUGGUGCAUUUCUCAUGAGCACAUACGUGUACCACAACACGCGCAGUGACCAUAUACCAUUUUCUUUUGUGGUUCAUCUCUUUGGUUCGCGGAUUAACAGUGUUGUGCAAGAGUCAUAACUCUUCAAGGUGAGACCAGAAUCUUGUGGGGGUCUGCCCCUGUGGCGAGCGGAAGCAGGCAUCAACAUCCGUGUGUGUCUUCAGAAAGGAAGUAUAGCAGGGCAUCCCACGUAAAUGGGCAUCUGACGUUUGAUGGCGCCAGUUCCAUUAUUAUGCUGUGUCGCGAGUUAAGCGGCUGCACGUCGUGUCACACGCCGCUACUCCACAUUAUCGCGCCGUAGUAACUUUCAUGAGGCCGGACAUCACGUCCACCAAACAAAAAUGUGAGUCUCGGGAACCCAACAGCUCUGCAAAAGGGAUGACUAAAAAUCGGCAGGCUCUUCUGCUAA